CUCAACGUCGUGUGGUCCGAACCCCAUGACUUCAAAAGAAAUUGUGACGAAACUAAGGCAUAUGGCCGCCGAUCCUCUGAACAGAGCCUAUCUUCUGGACGAGCCAGAAACACUGCCAUCUCUGCUAGUGUUUUUAGACGACCCAGAUCCCGAAAUUGUAUUAAUGGCACUAGAAGUCAUCUACUUUCUGUCUCUCCUAGUAGAAGGCCGCUCUAAAAUGGCACAAAAUUCGACUCUGCUCGCAAAGCUGAGGCAUUUCAUGAUGGCCGGCUCUCUCAAGCAAAAAAAAGUAUCUAUCGUCUCUUAUACAAAUUUACAAGCAUAUACUCUAAACACCGACCACACAAACGCUUCAACUAGCGAGGAACAGCCGAAGGGAUCUGAACCCUCCGUCUCUUAUGCAAUCUACGUAGAAAAUCUCAAUGAGGCCAAUAGACUCGAAAUCGAACAGCUGCUUCUAUCUAUCAAAGGUAUUGUUUCGAUCUGCUGUGUUCUCCAAGAGCAUAAAAUCAUUCUUCACGCGGCUGUCCCGGCCCAAACUGUUAUAGAGAAGCUGGCCGAGUCAGGUAGGAAAGCUUCACUCGACAAACAGGAUCUUGACCUUCAAAGUGAAGACGGAUAUCUCGCAGAAGUCGAUCAAGAUUCCUCUAAAAAGGAAGAUGGGGAAUCCAAUGGGUGGUUCGGGAUUAGGGGUCUCAUCUCGCUCGUUAGUGAGUCCACCGAAGAAAAAAAGGCACGCCUGGAAAGAGAACGAAAGCAAAAAAGUGGUUGGUUCGGGAAAAUUGGGAAGGCACUUUAUAUCAUGUAA